AACUCCCUCGGGAGGCAGCGAGGACCUCCUUGACGGCGCCCCUCGACGGCGUACCGGCGGUUCCACCUCCAUUUGGCGGCGCGCGGGGGGCUGCACCUCCUUUGGGCGGCGUGCGCGAACAAGAGCCGCAGCCUCUCCCGCUUGUCUUUGGGAGGGAACGCUGGCAACCUCAUCUUCUUUCGACGCUAGAUUUGGACAGUAAAGUCCCGCAGUGACUUGCCAGUUGCCACUGCCAGAGCGGUCACCGAAUCUGAGGUCUGAGCCCAGCGGGCCGCGGCGGCUAUGUCCUCAUCCUCCUCCUUCCCCAACUCCCGCUUCCCCUUCGCAGCCGGCGCCGGGGCCUCCGGCGGAAGCGGGAGCAGCGUGCGGCCGUGGGGUUCGAGCGGCGGGACAUCGGUGUCUUCAUCUGGGAAACGGAUACAGAAGGAGCUGCUGGACCUCAACGCCUCCGACUGCUCCGCGGGGCCCAAGGGCGACAACCUCUACCACUGGCUCUCCACUAUCAUCGGGCCCCAAGGAUCGCCGUAUGAAGGAGGGAUAUUUUUCCUUGACAUAGUGUUUCCUCCUGAUUAUCCCUUCAAACCUCCCAUGGUAACAUUCAAAACGAGGAUUUACCACUGCAAUAUUGAUUCCACUGGUAAAGUGCAUUUGGACAUUCUGAAGGAUGGCUGGAGUCCAGCUUUCACUAUUUCUAAGGUGUUAUUGGCCAUCAAAGACAUCAUCAGCAAUCCAGAUCCAUACUCCCCGCUUAUGAUGAGCAUUUCACGUCAGUAUCUGACUGAUAGAGCUAAACACGAUGAAAUAGCAGCUGAGUGGACAAUGAGAUUUGCAAGAUAGGGGAUCUAUUUGUAUCUAAGCAUGGUUGACAUUGUAAAAAAACAACUCUUAAUGUGGCCUGAGAUGGUGAAUGUUGGCAACGGAGCCAUGUUUGGUUUGGUGUGACGUGACAUAAAUGUGUACUUUAUGCUUGAGUAUUAUUUAACUGCUCCUUUUAGGUGAAGAAUAAUCUUUUAGAUUUUGUACUUAUGCCAAGUUGUACAAGCAUCUAUUCAGAACCUGCUA